GCGGACUGCUUCAAGUGACGAUGCUCUUGCCGACAUCGUGAGGUGGACUGCCAUAUCUGGCCGAGAUGAUGGCAUAUUCGUGGGAGGGGAAUUCAGCGGCAAAGGCCUGCAUGUAGACCAGCGCCCGGAGAGCAACCUUGGCAAGCAGUGGCGAGGCUUGAAGCUCUUCGCCGCGUGGGAUGUGGGCUCCGCUGGCCAGGCGGUGCUCGAGCGCUGCUACGGCGAGAUCUUCUGCCCGCCUUUGUUGGCGAAGCAUUGCGAGGCGUUGAAGAAGUGCACGCAGCUGUUCCUCCUUCGACCUGGAGAUAUCUUCCUGUUCAACGGUUCGAUGCCGCACACAGCGCUUUGCAUCGGCGAGUCUCUCAAUGUGACCAGCUACGAUGGCUUGCUAACGUGGCAUCCUGGGCACAUCGAGCAGUUCUUGCUGCUUGCUCGACGUUAUAAGACCGUUAAGAGCCAAAGACAGUCGUGGUCCGGCUUUCAAGCAGUGAUCGGCGGCAAAGCGAAUAGACCCCCUCUGACCUUCGCCGACAUCUCGCCCCCCGGUCUGGCAAAGGAAGACCGCCUCGAGCUUCAGCGGACCUUGGCGAGAUGUUGGCCUCAGCUGGAAGGCGCGGCCUUCUCUUUGGAUGAUACGGAUGUCCCGCCGCAACCGAGACUUGCAGAGACGUGUCGGAGGCUUUCCACUUGCCCCCUGUGGUCGUUGUGUGCACAACGCUUAUAG